UCGGCCUCAGAAUUCCUCAGUUGCCGCUCAAUCGUCAUCUGGGAGUGGGUUUUCCGAUUGAAAUUCCCAAUUUUUGAAACUCAAGGUGUAGAGUUCAGGCAAACACGGAGAGAGGUCAGGCCAGGCCACAGUCUAAUUCUCUCGCUCUCUCCGUUUGAUAAAGAGCUCAUGUUGAAAUCUUCCAAUUCUUCUAGAAAGAAGCAGCAAGUGAAGCCAGAAAAAGAAUGGCUCUCGGUGAGUUUCAGACCCGAGAACUUCAUACCGGGCCUCGUCAUUGGUUUCAUUUUUGGGUUGUUUUUGGAUUUGUCAAAACCCAGUAAAGGCAAUGCUAAGAGGGGUUAUUUCCUGCCAUCGAAGUACCAACAGCUAACUCCAGCCUCAAACGACGGUGAUCAGGAGCUCAAAUUGGUCUUGGUUGUUAGGCAAGACCUGAAGAUGGGUUCUGGAAAAAUUGCAUCUCAGUGUGCUCAUGCUGCCACUGGCUUGUAUGCAGAACUAAUGCAAAGCCACCGAAACCUUUUGAGACAGUGGGAGCUAUGUGGGCAGCCGAAAAUAGUUGUAACAUGCAAGAAUCAACAUGAAAUGAAUAAACUGAAGGAUGCAGCUGAUAACAUUGGCCUUCCUACUUUCGUCGUUGCUGAUGCUGGACGCACACAGGUUUCCGCUGGAUCAAAAACUGUUCUUGCCAUUGGACCUGCAGGACCAAAGGCUUCGGUCGAUGCGGUAACUGGGAAACUGCGGCUGCUCUGAACCCAGAUAUCGAUAAAUCCGCAUCUUUCUCCAGCAGCAUUCAUCUUGUUGAAUUCUCAAGAGAGGGGUUGGUGUGGUGCUGGACAAGUUGUAACUGCUGGAAGGAUGAAUAUUAUUAUGUCUAGACAUCGUUAGAUUUAUUUUGAAUUGUUUCUUGGAGUUUGGAGAUGUAGGAGUUGGCAUUUGGGCUGACAUGUUCAGGAUGUAAUAUUUGAAGAAUGUUUUAGUGACUAAUUGACUGUUUGGCUGAACGGUUUUUUUAAAACAAUUGUAUGUGUCUGUGGAUCGGUCGGAUCUACUUCUUUUAAA